AUGCUCGAGUAUUUGAAGGUGGACCUCCCCGCCAUUCGAUGGGACCCAGAGACGCACGGACCAGACAUCGCGCUGUCGAAAGACUUGCGGACGAUUCAGUGGUGUCGAAAAGGUCGAAAGUGGCAGGGCGCGGUGGCCGAGGAGCCGCUGGUGGCGACGUUUACAAUCCGCGUCGACAGUGCCCUUGGAAGCUACGCCAUCGGCCUCGGCUCGUUCGGCAUGAUACCCUUUAGCAGCGAAUCCAUGUCGACCUGCUACCUGUACGUGUCUCAUGGAGCUAUGUGGCUAAAAGAGAUUCAGAUCCACAGGCUGCCUCCAAUCGAAGAGGGCGACGUGGUGACGAUUCGGCGGACGACGUUGCAUGUUAUGUUUGCCGUGAACGACGGAGAGCCGUUCAAGAUGAACCUCGUGGGCCCGUCGGAGGAAUUGUAUCCUGUUGUGUUCAUGGUCACCCAAGCGCAAUUUACGAUUCUAGACUAA